GACAAGAAACAGACGCAAGAUGUUUGUUGAAAUCAUUCUCGGGGUUUUUCUCCUUUCCUCCGCCUGGGCUAAGGAAGUUGGCGUUGAGGACACCUCUGUGUCUGGAAGAAUUUAUAGAGUAAACAAGGAUGCAGUGCGUAGGCCUGAUGAGCCUUAUGUGGUGGAUGACAUUGCCUACGACUCUGAGGCCGACAGGAACGCCGACCCCUGCACCGCCACGGGCUGCCUGUGGCCCAAGUCCUCUGACGGUUUGGUCUAUGUGCCCUACUACAUCACCAAUGAAUACUCUGACCGUGAGCGUUCUGUCAUCGAGCGUGGUCUUCAGUCCUUCUCCAGCUCCACCUGUAUCCGCUUUAUUCCCUGGAUCUCUAGCCACAGGGAUUACCUCUAUAUCAAGUCUGACACCGGGUGCUACUCUUACGUGGGCCGUCGUGACAAUGGCCAAACCCUCUCUCUGAAACGCCCGGGCUGUAUCUACCACGACACUGUGCAGCACGAGCUGCUCCACGCCCUGGGCUUCAACCAUGAGCAGACCCGCAGCGACCGCGACAACCACAUCCAGGUGCUUCUUGAGAAUGUUAUCUCUGGCAAGGAGCACAACUUUAACAAGAAGGCCACUCUGAACCAGGGCACUCCUUACGACUACAACUCUGUCAUGCAGUACUUCAGCACUGCCUUCUCUAAGAACGGCGAGCCUACCAUGGUGCCCAUUCCUGACCCCAAUGUGGAGAUCGGCACAGCAACUGAAAUGAGCCAUAACGACAUCCUCAGGGUUAACAGGCUGUACCAGUGCUGAGAGGAGUCGCUAAACUCAUGUCCUCAAGAGAUGAUGCAGAGGGAGCAUGGCUGACAUCGUCAUUCCAAAGCAGAUCAGAUGGGAGGAGUACACCAUGGAACCCCAUAGAGGGAGAGGAGAUGAACCCUUGAGGACAGGCCAUUGACUGCCAGACAACAAGAAAUAAGACAUGCAAUUAAACGGACAUGCAAAAC